AAUAACACACGUAGCUGUGAGAUUUUUCGAUGAGAAGAAAAUGGGUUCUAAAAUUCAUUACAUUGUUGUCGUUCCAAUUUCAAACAUAAAAAAUUUUAAAGUAUUAGAAAAAUAUGACAAUCAUCCAUUUUUGGUUAAAAAACCGUUAAACAAGAAACAAUGUGGGUCCCUGCUCAAAUAUUGGCCAUUGGUUUGGAGAGUGAUAAUCUCGCUGAGAGUAAGGCUGGUCGAUUUCAUUUUGACAAUCUAAAUCUAACAUCUGCCUUGCAACGUAUACUGGAAAGAAAUGACGUUUCAGACACUGAUUUUGAUAGCGAAGACGAUACUCAAGGCGAAGGUGUCGUUAAAGAAGUUGAACAAACAGAAAAGAAAGAAAUAGGCUCUAAUUCUAAUAAGUUGGAUGCAAAAAAGGUAUUGAACCAGAUGAAUGUCGAUAAAAAAAUAUUAUCAACAUUCUCCAGGUCACUGGAUCAAUCAAUAAUGGACGAGUAUAGAGAGCAAACCCAUGUACAACAGAAAUCAUCACUUUAUAAAUCUUACAAUGUAAAUAAUUCCAGGAGCUUAUCAGUCAGUAAAGAUGGUAUGAAUUCUACACCUUGUAAACGCAAACUUCAAUAUGAUCGUAAUGAUGCAGAAGGUUCUUUAAAUCAUAUUGAAGAUGGAAUAGACAAAUUGAACGACACGCAGGUUGACAGCAUCUCUCCAUCUGUAAAUCACUUGGUCCAAAAAAGGACUACAGAUAUGGAGGGGAAAAAAAGAAAACUUACUGAACAAAAGAAAUCCCAGGUGAAAAAUAAAAUCAAUGCAUCAAUCAUGGAUAGAUAUAGAAAGGAUGCCUUUUUACAAGAAAAACUGUCACCCACUAAACCUUCUGGAAGUGGACUAAAUACAUCAUCAUCAGCAUCUCCUGUUAUCACAGGAUCUUUAGCUAAAAAUUAUACAUAUGAAAACACAUCACCAGUCAACAAUUUUUCAGCUAUGCCCAAUGCAGCCAGCACAGCAUUAAAAAAGCAAAGUAGCACUCGAUACAACAGCAAAUCAGCAAACAUUUUACUGGGCACAGAGAACAUUUUGCAUCCUGAUAAACAUUUAGAAUGUAUGGAUGGGAUAGAGACGUUCAUAAGAGAAUGUGAGGAAGAUUUGGAACGAGAAGAAAGAGAGUUACUUGCUGCUAGAGAGAAAAAAUCAAAAAAAAUAGUUGGGAAACGCAUAUUAAAAAGAAAACAAAAAAAAAAGGACCCGAAUGAAGAUGUGACAAUGUAUAAGCAUUUAGCCACCAAAAAAGAUUAUAAAAAAUUCACAGAAAUGAACAAGAAUAAUGAAAAAGUAAAAAUGAUACACUUGGAAUGUGGCAUCAAUGUAACAUUUGAAUGUUUCAAUAAAGCAAAAAAAUCGAAAACUCCCAGCGUCUUGGUUCGACACCUUAGUCGUGGAAUUUGGGGUGCUUUUGCUUUACAAAACCGAGCAAUUGAUUUGCCAAAAUGUGCGCAGUUGGAAAAUAGGUCUCCUCGAAAAUCUUUAACUCCACGAAAAAAGGCUGUUUUAAAAAGUGUUUAUUUAGAUUUUCUGUCCAAACGAUUCAAAGGGAUGUACGCAGAAGAGAAAAAUAGGUGCAUGUCUUACUUGAGUAAAUUUAUAAAUUUUUUAAAUACAAGUAAUCAAAAUGAUUCUGAAAAUGAAGAUGAAGAAAGGCAAGAUAUUGAUGAUAUCAGCAGUACAGAAGAUGAAGCUGCAGAGGAAAAUGUUUAA